GAGUAGCUCACAACUCUAGGUGGCUGAGGUCAGAAGCGCUCUGCAGGCAGAGUCCCUAAAUCUCUGCAAGUUUCUGGGCUCCCUGUCCUGGGGCUUAUUGGUCCCAGCUAGGGGGCCCUAGUCUUCUAAGCCACAGAGCUGCAUAGACUGCUAUCCUUCCGGCCAUGUCUGUGCUUGCACAGACGGACUGCUAGCGAGCCAGAGUCCGGCAGUGGCCAGUUGAGGUUGGGAGUCACCAACUGGCGAGUCUGGCUUGAGGAUGGCGGAAGCAAGGCCCCCUCCAGCAAGGCUCCUUGCAGCAAGAUCCCCUCGGGCUCCGCUCCCUCCAGCAGGAUGCCCUCCCGCUCCCGCUCCGACCCUCGCCUCUCAGUGGCUGGCCUUAAGGCACUUGCGUAAGGCUGCCGCCAAUGCACCCAAGCCUAGGAAUGUCCAUCUGAAUCGGGACAAUUGUACUUUCGUGCCGUUCACGCAGGCGGUCCCGGUGCAGGUGGACAUGGCCAUGGCCCUGCAUCGUGUUAGGAUCGCGGAGAAGUAUGGGAAGAACUACCUCUGCUUGCUGCAAGCAGUCUUCCUCGCAGAAACUGGGCUGAUCCUCCAGUUAAAGGACAUCAGUCAUUUCCUAAUGCAAGACAUUGCCUUCCUGUCUGGUGGCCGGGGAAGGGACAAUGCUUGGAUCAUUACAUUUCCAGAAAACUGUAACUUCAGAUACAUACAAGAAGAAGUAAUUGCAAAAGUGCUCAAUUAUUUGACAUCUAUUGCAAGGCAAAGUGGAUCUGACUCCCGAUUUACUAUUAUUCUGGAUCGAAGAUUGGAUACAUGGUCUUCCCUCAAAAUUUCUCUCCAGAAAAUCUCAGCCUCUUUCCCUGGGAGCUUACACUUAGUCCUGGUUUUGCGUCCUACCAGUUUUCUUCAACGGACUUUCACGGACAUUGGAUUUCGAUUUAGCCAGGAGGAUUUUAUGCUGAAAUUGCCAGUUGUUAUGCUGAGCUCAGUUAGUGAUUUGCUGGCAUACAUUGAUGACAAGCAGUUAACCCCUGAGUUAGGCGGCACCUUGCAUUACUGCCACAGUGAAUGGAUCAUCUUCAGAAAUGCCAUAGAGAAGUUUGCUAUCGCAGUGAAAGAAAUGGCUCAGAUGUUGCAAUCCUUUGGAACAGAACUGGCUGAAACAGAGCUACCAGAUGAUAUCCCUUCAAUACAAGCGAUUCUGGCAGAUCGUGCUGAAAGGUAUCAUCUGUUGAAGAAUGACUUAACUGCUGUAACCAAAGAAGGAAACGUCCUGCUCAUGAGCCUGCAAGUGUCUGACACUGAAGAAACUGGCAGUUCAAGUCUUGAAUGUCCUCCACACAUAAAUGGUGACUGGCAAACGAUUAAAAAGUUGCUGGCUCAGGUGCAUGAUAUGGAAACUGCUUUUGAUGGAUUUUGGGAAAAACAUCAGCUGAAAAUGGAGCAGUAUCUGCAACUGUGGAAGUUUGAACAAGACUUUCAAGAGGCUGUGACUCAAGUUGAAUUUUUAUUAAGUCAACAAAGAGAACUGGGUGAUCUAACAGGGAACUUAGCUCAAGUAAAACAAAGACUUAAAAGAAUAGAAAUCUUGGAUGAUAAAUCUCAGGAACUGUUAGCCAGGGCCCGGAUUGUUAUACUCCAUGGCCACAAACUGGCAUCGAAUCACCACUAUGCACUUGAUUUAAUCUGCCAGAGGUGCAAUGAGCUGCGCUACCUUUCUGAUAUUUUGGCUAAUGAGAUCAGAACAAAGCACAUCCAGCUAAGCAGGACUUUCAAAAUGCACAGACUCCUGCAGCAGGCACGCCAGUGCUGUGACCAAGGGGAAUGCCUCCUGGCUAACCGGGGAAUAGGUAAGUUUCAGACUAAAGAAGAUGCUCAGAAAGCCCUUCAGGAUGUGGACAAUUUCCUUCAAGUGGCCAUGCCCUUCAUCGACUAUGAUAUCGAAAACCUGCAAUAUGAAUUUGAUGUACUCCUAUCUCCUGAACUCAAGGCUCAAAUGCGGAAUAUACAACUAAAGCUUGAAAAUAUUCGAAGUGUAUUUGAGAACCAACAGGCCGGUUCUAAGAGCAUAAAAGAUCGACCUGAGGAGGCAGUCCUGAGUGUGAUUCCUACAUCUGAAAAUGUGAUAAGAUCCAGAACGAUAUUCUUUUCACCUAAAUAUGUGGGAAUUGGAUAUUCUUUCUUUCAAGCAUGUAAAAUUUUUUCAAAAGUGAAAAAGACUUGGAGACAGAUUCAAGCUCAGAGCAACAUGAAAAUCGAAGCCAUUCAGGAUAGCCAAGAGAAGAAGAAUUCUGAUCAGUCUCCCAAAUUGGACGAUAGCGUGGAUGUUUUAAAGAACCAUGUCCUGAAUGAGCUGAUACAGACAGAGAGGGCAUAUGUUCGAGAGCUCUUUAGUGUUUUGUUGGGCUACAGAUCUGAGAUGGACAAUCCACAGAUGUUUGAUCUCAUGCCACCUCUCCUGAGAAAUAAAAAGGAUGUUCUCUUUGGAAAUAUGGCAGAAAUAUAUGAAUUCCAUAACAACAUUUUCAUGAGCAGACUGGAAGAUUGCUCUGAUGCUCCAGAAAAAGUGGGAUCUUGCUUCCUGGAAAUGGAAUGUCAACGAAAAUUGAAACAUCGACUUGGUCUGGAUUCUUAUUUGCUCAAACCUGUUCAACGAAUCACUAAGUAUCAAUUGCUUUUAAAGGAGCUUUUAAAGUAUAGCAAAGAAGGUGAAGGAGCUACUAAAUUAAAGGAGGCACUUGACACAAUGCUGGAGCUGCUGAAGUCAGUGAAUGACUCCAUGCAUCAGACUGCCAUUAAUGGCUAUAUUGGAAAUAUGAACGAACUGGGCAGGAUGAUUCUUCAAGGUUCCUUCAGUGUUUGGCUAGGACACCGAAAAGGUGCUACAAAAAUGAAGGAGUUUGCACGGUUCAAACCCAUGCAGAGACACAUUUUCUUGUAUGAAAAAGCUGUUAUGUUUUGUAAGAAGCGUUUAGAAUCUGGAGAAGGUGCUGAUAGAUACCCGUCAUACACUUUUAAGCACUGCCUAAAAAUGGAAGAUGCUGGCAUCACAGAACAUGUGAAAGGUGAUAGCCGCAAAUUUGAACUAUGGUAUGGUGAGAAAGAAGAAAUUUACAUUGUUCAGGCUCCAAAUAUUGAUGUGAAGAUGUUAUGGCUAAAAGAAAUAAGAACAAUUUUGUUGAAGCAGCAGGAACUUAUAACUGCUAAACCCCAGCAGGAUCAGUUACAAGACCAGGACCUACUUUCUCUCCAGCAGCAGAAUGCUGAGCAAGGCGAAAGUCUUUUAAACGCCAUGGGAGCAGGAGCAGAAGUGGAACAAGCUGGUGCCCUGAUGGAGGUCAGGGAGGCAGCUGUGCUAGCUCAGGCAGAGGCAGAUUCUGCAGCUUGGAAUGAGAUGUUACCAUCUACAGAAGGCACUGCUGCAAGUGCUGAACAUUCAUACACCUCUUUCUCCCCUAACAAUGACAAUGGAGAAGAUAGGCUGCAAAUGGGACCCAUGUCGGAGGUGUUGGCCCAGUGGUAAAGAAGCCCCAGCGCCAGCUGGCAAGCUGCUCUACCUGCCUGCUUCUCAGCCAAUGUGGAGAAAACACCCCUCAAAAGAGUUUCAGUCCAAAGGAUGGGAUUCGUUUCCAGGUUAAUAUAUUUAAACAUGCACAAAACCUACUGCAUAUACUUCUUUCUAUCACUUAAAAAACGUUUUACUUCUACUCCUUUUUAUUCCUUAAAUUGCAUAAGUGUGUAAGACAUUGUGCUGGAUAAAAUUUCAUCUCAGAAUAUUUUUGACUUGAAAAUCGUUUCUUCCCUGUCUACUUUGCAACCAAAUGCAAUCAGCGUGCCUUGAAUUAUUUAGCUUAUUAUUAAUUAAGUUAAACUGACCGCUGUAGAAUAGUUGAGGCCAAGUGGAGCACAACGUUAUGAUUUAAAGCGCUUUUUACAUCCAGCGCUCCUUUAACCCAUGUAAGACAAUGGCAGAGUUCAGAAGUCUGGGGGGUGGGGGUCAUUAGUAAAUUGUCUUCAGGGCUAUUGCCUUUUCUAUGUGCCAAGAUGAACUUUUCCUGAGAGUAGUUUACAAAUUGCAUUUAAAAUGUAAUAUUUUCAUGCUUGUUUCUUUUUCUGAAUUCAUGCAUAUGAUUCAUGUAGCCAAUUAGUUGUGCUCUAUUAUCUUCUGUACAUUUCAUGCUGUAAUCUUUUUUUCCAAAUAAAAAUGAAACCUUCAGGUUCCACAAGUUGA